AUGCCUCAAGUAUCAACCAUGGAUGCCGGAGAGCAUGAGUUCCCCUUCCUAGAGGAGGUCCAUACGCCUGCCGAACAGCCUAAAAUCGACUUCGUCUUCGUUCAUGGCCUGAACCCUCGCGGUCGGAAUGAUCAUCCCUUCGAAACAUGGACUCAUCAGAAUGGCAUGUUCUGGCCGAGAGACCUCCUUCCUUACGAUAUACCCCAGGCGCGCAUCUUUGUCUACGGGUAUAACUCCAACAUCACGAACCCUCAGGCAAUGUCCACGGCGAGCGUGAGGGAUCAUGCCAAUACUCUCCUGAAUUUGUUGGAUAUGGAGCGAAGUCCGCAGUUGAAUGCUCGCCUGCCCAAAAUCAUCUUCAUCGGACACAGUCUGGGCGGGUUGGUGAUUAAACAGGCACUCCUCAACGCCCAGGAAGACCCGAAGUAUACCUCCAUUCGAACUGGCACUUCCGGCCUCGUCUUCUUCGGUUGUCCUCACCACGGCACUAAGGGCGUUGAACUGGGCAAGAUCGCAGCCAAGGUCGCACGCUUCGUCUCCAAGGGUCAUGCUAGUAAUGACCUGCUGGACUGUCUGGAGCACAACUCGUUGUUUACCAGACAGAUGAGUGCGCGGUUCUCGCACCAGCUGGAGGAUUACAAGGUUGUGAGCUUCAUCGAGGGCAAGGAGGUGCUCCUGGGUGGUGCUGGGCCGGCGUCUAUCAGUCAUCUGGUUGUCGACGAAGAAUCCGCCGUUUUAGGCCUGCCUGGCCAGCGAGAGACCCGUCUCAAGCUCGACGCAGACCACUCGCAGAUGUGCAAAGUCGCCUCGCGCGGACCUAUGUAUAAGCUGAUCAAGGGCAACAUCAAGCAGAUUGCCGACCAGGUCCUCGUCGCGGAGCAGGGCUAUAUUCCUCAGCCGUCGCCAGCAUCGCGCGUCCCUCCGCCAGUCCCACCGCGCAUGCAUCUCAAUAGCAGCGCUUCUUACCCACCCAGUCGGUCCCCUGUCCCGGCCCAACGGGUCAUAGGGACGUUGUUUGCGCCGCAAGACAACGAUCCCCGGUCGGUGCAGGCUGCAGAGCACAAGAAUAACUGGCAGUGGGAUAAGGCGCGCGAUCUGGAGUAUGCUAUUUUUCAGGAACACCUGCGAACACUGGGCCCAGACCACCACAGCACCUUACAGAUUGGGUACAACCUGGCAGAGAUUGACCUACGAUCGGAGUACCUGAGCAAAGCGGCCGAAUGGUGCGAGUGGGUGUCGAACAACAGCGCGCGCGUAUUCGACCGACGACACCCGCUGACGAUGAAAGCCGAAAGUCUCAUGGGCGAGAUUCUCUGCCACCAGGGCAAGUACCAAGAGGGCGAGUCUGUCUGUGCCAACGUCCUUGCGAGACAGCAGAUGACCAUCGGCGAGGAGGAUCUCGACACUCUGGAAACCCGCGGUCGACUUGCGGUCGCCUAUGGCUGUCUCAGUCGCAGGGAAGAAGCUGUGUCCACGGCUGAAAGGCGCACCGCCAGUCUACAGAGUUUGCUAGGCGAGAAUCAUAUCCAGGUGUUUGCGUCGGUGCUCUGCGCGGCUGAGCUCCUCGUCUCGAACCACACGCAAUCCGACGCGGAUCGAUUCGCGGCGCGGUUUAACCCACGCACAGAGGAGACCUCCAAAGGUAUUGCGAAAAUCUCGCGCGAGCUGACCAGCAUGCUCGGGCCUCGUCAUCCCCUGUCAAUCUGGAGCCUACGCAUUCUCGGCGCCAGCCAAAUGAACGCGAGUGAUAGCAUCACCGAGCCGUCUGAAACGCUCCGCCGUGCCCUCACUAAUGCCGAGGAGUAUCUCGGGCAUGAUCAUCCCGAGACUCUUAAUAUUGUCGCCCACCUGGGCACCAUGUAUGCCACGCAGAACAGUCUAGGCACGGUUGCGUACAGCUCGAAUGGCAGCAACGCCGAAAUGGCGGUGCCCUGGCUCCGGCGAUACCUCGACUGGGCGGAGCAACGCCUUGGGUCAAGCAAUCCGGACAUUCACGCGACCCUGAGUCUACUAGGGACCAUGUACAUGUCAAAGCAGCAGUAUGUGGAGGCGCAGAGGUAUUUCGAAAGACUGGUGGCUGCUUGUGAGAAGACGGGCGCCCAGCUGCCCCAGACUGUGCUCAACAUGAUCGAGAUCUGUCGGUUGAACACGCGGUAUCUGCAACCGCAGAGGAGCUCGGGAUUGCAGGGGUUGUUGAAGUCAUUCCAGCGAUAAUGCGGUACGAUGGGGUAUGUAAUAGGUCGAGUAAAAUUGAUUGAAUUAAGCUAUCUGAUUAUAAACGUAAUCCCUACUUGCGCAACGAGCUAAUUGG